CACUGGCAACAUGUGACUCAGGAAGUGACCUCUCUAGAGAGAAAAAAGCUCGAAAAGUGUAUAUUUCCUCGGAUGAUGAGCGCGAAGGACAUCUGGCAAGCCCCACAGCUAACAAACCCAUGGUGGUAGGCAAUAAAGAGGCAAAGUCUGUGCCAGUGGCAGCACCUUUACCUCUGCCAGUAUGUGCGCCACAGCCCAAGGCCGCAAAAAAACCUGUUGAACCAUGCGAUUCGGGAAGCGACAUAUCCAGAACGAAGAAAAUGCGAAAAUUGUAUCAUUCAACCGAUGAUGAAGACUACGAUGUUGCGACAAGCAGUAGGCCAAAGAAAUCCAGGGGAGAAUGUUGCAAAUGGUUUGCGCCAGUAGCAGCGCCUGUACCACUGCCAACAUGUGAUUCGGGCAGUGACCUCUCUAGAGAGAAGAAAGCACGAAAAGCAUAUUAUUCCACCGAUGAUGAAGGCGAAAGACAUCUGGCAAGCCCCAAGGCUAAUAAACCCUUGGUGCUUGGAAAUAUAGAUGCCAAGGCACCGCCAGUACUACCUCUACCAAUAUGUGUACCAACUUGCAGUAUUCCAAAAAAGUCUGUGGAACCAUGUGAUUCGGGGAGUGACGUAUCUAGGGAGAAGAAAACGCGAAAGGUAUAUCACUCCACUGAUGAUGAAGACGAGGAAGGUAUGAGAAUUAAGAAACCCAAGUUUAGCUGUUGCAAAUGGUUUGCGCCAGUAGCAGCGCCUGUACCGCUGGCAACAUGCGAUUCGGGUAGUGAUCUAUCUAGAGAGAAGAAAGCGCGAAAAGCGUAUAUUUCCUCAGAUGAUGAAGGCGAAAGACAUCUAACAAGCCCCACAGCUAAUAAACCCAUGGUGAUAGGGAACAUUGACGCAAAGCCGCCGCCACUUUGCAUACCUCUACCGAUAUGUGUACCAACAUGCAAGACCCGAAAAAAGUCGGUGCAACCACCUGAUUUGGAGAUGAGAACCGCAAAGUUGCCUCCACCUCCACCUUUCGCUGCUGAAGUCGCCAAAAGUACUAAAGAGCCCAGUGUUAAGAGACCCAAGGGACAAUGCUGCAAAUGGUUUGCGCCAGUAGCAGCGCCUGUACCAUUGCCAACAUGUGAUUCGGGCAGUGACCUCUCUAGAGAGAAGAAAACGCGGAAAGUAUAUCUAUCCUCAGAUGAUGAGGGCGAACGACAUCUAACAAGCCCCACUGCAAACAAGCCCAUGGUGUUGGGCAAUAUAGAUGCUAAGGCACCGCCAGUUUUAAUACCUCUGCCGGUAUGCGAUGUCACUUGCAAAAUUCCAAAGAGGUCGGUAGAACCAUGUGAUUCGGGGAGUGACGUAUCUAGAACGAAGAAAAUUCGAAAAUUGUAUCAUUCCACAGAUGAUGAAGAUUACGAAGCUGCAACAAGCACCAGGCCUAAGAAGUGCAAGUUAAAUUGCUGCAAAUGGUGUGCACCAGUAGCGGUACCUCUACCACUGCCAACAUGUGAUUCUGGGAGCGACAUCUCUAGAGAGAGGAAAAGACGGAAAGUAUAUCUUUCCUCGGAUGAUGAAGGCGAACGACCUCUAGCAAGCCCCAACGCCAAUAAACCCAUGGUGCUAGGCAAUAUAGACGCAAAAGCACCACCCGUUUUAAUACCUCUGCCGGUAUGCGAUGCCACUUGUAAGAUUCCAAAGAGGUCGGUGGAACCAUGCGAUUCGGGGAGUGACUUACCCGAACCAGUAUCUAGAAAGAUGAAUUAUUCCACCGAUGAUGAAGACUACGAUGGUCCAAAGGUAACCAAUAAAUUCAAUGGAUGUUGUGCUAUAAAAGGAAGGCCACCGAUAAUUUGUGAUUCGGGGAGUGACGUAUCUGGACCGGUACCUAGAAAGAUACAGUGUUCCAGCGAGAAUGAAGAAGAUGAGAUUAUAGUUAUACCCGUUGCUAGGAAAUCUAAAAUCAGUUGCGCUAGUUGCCACAGCUGUAACAGAAUCCGAGGCCGCGGUGAGGGUCGACCGUGCAAAAGAAAAGGUUGAUGAUGAUGGUAGAAAUGACACCACGAGUAACAACUACAUUCAGUCGAUAUUUUUACCAAUGACAAUAGUGAUACCACUGUCGACAGCUUUGCCAAAAGCAAAGACCGUGCAAAAAUGGAAUCAACAAACGCGUGAUUCUGGAUGUGUUUUAUCUGCACCUGUAUCUGAAGCGAACAAGUCAACGAAGGAUAAACAUAUGAGAAGUCCCUCGGCUAAGAAACCCAUGGUACAUGGUAGCACCCAACAGACGGCAAUAGCUUCUUUGCUUUUGCUGUGGAUAUCAAUAGCACAAAUUCAGGUUUUGACUUAUGUUUACAACUAUUUUUACACUCUUUUUUUACAUUUUGAUUCCUGUAUUUGAUCUCAGA